AGACCUGACGGUCUCCCCACAUCUGUCAUGGCGGUGUCGCGCCGAUCUCUGUCCGAGGAUUUUGCCGACGGGUACAACCACACCUGGUCAGCGCUCCUGCUUCUCUCGCUGGCUGUCGUGGCCUGGCUCCUCCCCUUUGGUCCUGUGGUCAGCCAGUUGACCACCCAGUCCCCGGGGCCGCCUAGGUACAAGGCCACCUGCUGGACCCCCGCCCACUUCUCCGCGGCCCAGGAGAGCUACACCAACAAGUUGUGCGCCGGCCGUCUCAACACGGCCAUGAGGCAGGAGAACCCGGGCGUCCUGGGGGUGGACCUGAUGGACACCUGGGGUCAGUCUGGCUCGAGUGAGCGGCCGAAACUGUACCGGCCACUGGCCAUGAGGACGGGCCAAGCUGAGCAGGAAGACGUGAGAGAGGAGACGUAUUUGUUUGUGGGCACCGUGGUGCCUGUGGUCUUGUUCCUGUUUGCUGUGUGCCUGAGGCUGCCUCACGUCUGCUGGCGGGUCAUGUCCAGCUGUGGAAGCAUCAACGUUGACCAGACACUGGACACAGCCAGCCGGGGCUCCACUCUGGACACCGACAGUCAGCGACAGCUGAACUCUGACCUCUGUUUGGCUGCGGCUAGAGCGGCCAGGUCGUGUCGUGGGGUGGCCUUGUCGUAUCUGGGCUUGAAGCUGCUGCUGUGUUUGGUGGCGCUGGGCCAGCUGGUGGUGGUGAGCUGUGUGCUGCUCCCACGACUGACGCAGCUCAAGGACAGGAACCACAACACUCCCAACACCUCCCUCUACGAGGACAACUUGCUCCUGACCUGCGACUUCAGCAUCGUCCAUCUACAAAAUGUGGAGCGCUACACCGUGCAGUGUCUGUACAGCCACAGCCUCGAGACUCGUGUGUUGGGAGCGGUGACCCAGAUGACCUCCGACCCCGACACACCCACCGACGUCCUGUUGGGCUACCAGGCUCUGCUGACGGCUGUGCUGGCGUACCUGGUUGUCCUGCUAGGGGUCAACGUCCUCCGGGCUGUCACUUGGACAUCACGCCUGGUGGCGGGCACGUGUCGGAGCCCUCUGACCCGCGCCGCCGCCCCCUCUCUGUCCCUCGACCUCUCCUUCCUGCUGCUGAUGAGUGAGGAGAACAGCUGCCCACUGGUCACUCAGUCCCUGGCCCGUGCUCUCACCACUGACGGCUCACCUCACGACACUGGCCUGGACCAGCUGUAGCCUGCUCCGUGCGCUUCUCUCCGUCUCUAGAGUUGUUAAGACAUCAAAACUUGGUUUGAUAUUGUUGGCUGAAAGAUAUCCUUAGUGUCAUGAAACAGGCAAGUCUAUUGGGCCAGAUGUAGUUGACCUCCACAUUGUACCAUGUAUCAGUGCACCGACACACAGUGCACCGACACUCAGUGCACCAACACACAGUGCACCAAUACACAGUGCACCAAUACACAGUG